AUGAGGGAAGGAGGCAAGGCCCCCAAGACCAACAUAGCAACUAAAAGCUUCCCGUGCAUCUUGCAGCGUGCUUCUGACUGGGAGAUGAGAGUUGACCUGAAGAAAAAGCUUGUUUUCCCGCAGGACGUGGCAGCGACCUCUUUCUGGCCAGACAUGAGAAUUCCCUUCAUCGGGCCCAUAAAUGGUGGUAUACAGGAAGGCACAUCCAUCACCAUCACUGGAGUGGUCCAACAUGGAGUUGAAAGGUUUCAUGUGAAUUUACAGUGUGGCUCCAACCCAAAUGCAGAUGUUGCUCUCCAUUUUAACCCACGGUAUGACAUUUGCCCGAGCUACGUUGUAACCAAUACCUUCCAGCAUGGUUGUUGGGGUAGUGAAGAAAGGAAGAAAAACUCUCCUUUGGCCACUGGCACCGACUUCAAGCUGCUCAUCACGGUCUCCAAGGAUUUCUACCAGCUUUACGUCAAUGGCUCUCACUUUAUGGAGUAUCGGCAUCGUAUUCCGUUUUCCCGAGUGAACACCAUCUCAAUUGCUGGGAAAGUAGACAUUUCAUCCAUUACCUUCACAAACUCUAUGCCUGGUUUUCUACCUCAGCCAGGCUUUCCCCCAUAUGUGACGUAUCCAAACCAGGCAAUGUUUCCACCAUGUCCCGGAUUCCCUUCACAACCAGGAUUUGCUCCACCAGUCUAUGCUGUUCCAUACAAGGCCUUUCUCAGUGGAGGAGUUUUGCCUGGAAGGACAAUUACUAUCCAAGGGGCUGUUCACCCCAAUGCAACAAGGUUCCACAUCAAUAUUAACCACCCCACUGGCAUUGCUUUACAUUAUAAUCCACGUCUGAAUGAGAACAUUGUGGUUCGAAACACCAAGCAGGCGGAGAAAUGGGGCUCGGAGGAGCGGGAUGGCCUGAUGCCCUUCAGCAAGGGACAGCCUUUCACACUGAAGAUCUAUUGUGAGAGUCACUCCUUCAGGAUUAUGGCCAACGGGAUGCAUGUGCACGACUACAAGCAUCGUUUCACUCAACUGAAUCGCAUUUCAGAGCUGGAGAUUGAUGGUGACAUCACCAUCACCUCAGUUAAUGUGUAG